UCCGGUUAUAUCGAUAUUUUUUCCGACUUCUGACAAUAUCGAUAUAACGAGACUUUACUGUAUUUGGAGUAAUAAUAAGCUAUAUUCUACCAUGAAACAGCACAAUUUAUUAAUCAAGAUAUUUUUUUAAACCAUAAUGGAGUGAUGCAAUUUGAAACCACAAGUGAAUUACUGUAGUUCACAGUUCCACUUUGCAGAACUAAUGACUCUAUCUUCUUUCAGCAGUUGUUGAUCAUAUGUGUCGAUAAUCAACUUCAAUGUAAUAACAAAAACAACAAACAAAGUCAGGUUUAAAUUAUAACUUUUUUAAAAUGUCGUGUGCAGUAAGGGUGUCUGUGGAUUAUUGAUUUCCCUGUAAGACAUGUCAUUCUCAAAUGGCUGCGUGGUUUUGGAGAUACGGACAGAGGAAGUGCAGAAACAACAAAGAGGAACCAAGCAAGAACGGAUCUGUUAAAAGAAUGAAAGAAACAAAUAAAGAACCCGUGAGAACAUGGAGAUACUUUUUCUCCUCUUGGCAUUUCUUAUGACAGGCCUAUCUUAUGCGGAGGCUGAUGCGAUGUCUGUCACAGGAGUGUCUGGACAGAACAUUACAAUAACAUGCUCCGUCAACAAAGCACCUAAAAAUGUGAAAUAUUUCUGCAAAAAUCCAUGCAGGAACGAGGAUGUUCUCAUAAGUAGCGACACAAGCAAGUGGGAUACAAAAAAAUACAGCAUACGGGAUGAAGGAAGCAAAUUUUAUGUUACAAUCUUUCACCUGAAAAAGGAGGACGCCGGUAUCUACUUGUGUGGUGUAGAAGUAUUUUUCACUGAUCCUUUAAAAGAAGUCAACCUCACUGUCAGAGAAGACUGGGAUGACAUCAAACCAAAAGUAAUAAAUGGAAGUGCCGGAAAAAAUGUUCACAUUGUGUGUCCAUACCCAGAAGGCCAUGACGAUGAUGAUGAUGCAUUCCUGUGCAAGGGACAGAAUCCUGUCAGCUGUGAGAGGAUGACGCAAAAAAACAACCAUCAGGUAUCGAGAGUAAACAAAAGAUUAAACAGGUUUUCAGUGUACAUCAGUAACCUGAGCAAAAACGACUCUGGAAUAUACUGGUGUCGCUCCAAUGAGACCUGGAAGCAAAAGGAAUACAUCAAAGUUCAACUUUAUGUUGCCGAAGACACAAAAAAGAGUAAAAAAUCAAGACUUCCUACUUUGAAUGUGACAGCAGCACCUGCGCGGACACCAAAGUCAUCUAUGGCAUCUUCAACAUCAACCACAACACAACCAAAACACAGCAUUUUCAAAGAUAUCAUUGUACCCGUCCUGGUGUGUCCGAUAUUGUUGGCGGUAGCUGUGCUCACGCUUGUGUUUCUUAGACACAAAAUUACUUGGAAACAAGGGGGAUCAUCAAUGCAGGGGACACCAGGUGGAUCAAAUAAUUUGUCAAUCCAUGCUGAUCACCACUAUGAGGAGAUACACACUCAGUCCUUGUCAGGAAAUCCCAUGCUCAAUCCCCCAGCAGACCAUGUGCACUAUUCCAGCGUUAGUUUCCAACAGGAGUCAAAGAGUGUAUCAACAGAACAAAACAAACCUAACACCGAUAACAUCGACUCAUCCAGUGAGUACUCAUCUAUCGUUCAGGUUAACAUCCAUCCAGAGGCAAAUAUUAUCUACUCGACUGUAACAAGACCCACGGAUCCGUGACAUCACCGUUCUUUCACUUUGGGAUACUUUCAGUUUAUCUUGAAUUCAGGCCUUGCAAUUCAUUUUGCCACGCGUUAUGCAAUUACAUGAUUUGUGUGCGUUGUGAUCCCAAGAUAUGAGUAGAAUGUAGUCUCUAGUUAUUUUAAUGCACAUUUAUCUGCAUUGUAUACAAUGUUGAGACUAAUAUUCAGGCUCUAUGAAU